AUGAUGAAGAGACUAAGCUUGAAGCAAUUCUUGUUGACUCUCUCCGAUGCAUGUUUGUGCAUAAAACCUCUUGAGGGCAACAAGAUUCAAGUUUCAAACACAGAGAUCAAGAACGGAUCUGUAUGUCCCGAGAAACGGAUCAUGUCUGCGGAGAAGGCUAUCAUUGGAGGAAGGAGAAUCAAACUGUUGAUAACAAGGAAACAGCUGGAUCGUUUGCUUGCGAAGCAAGUUUCAUUGGAGCAGCUGGUUAUUGUGAAUCAGAAAUCAUUUCUCCAAUCUUUUCACGACAAUAAAUGGAAGCCACGUCUUGAAUCUAUCCAUGAAACUCCUGAUUUGUAA